AUGUACCGGCGUCUAGCAAACCAUUUGGUAGGCAGGCAGCGACCUGGCCGCACUGCUCUGAUUGCAACGAAGAGUUCUAGGAGUUUGCCGGUUUCUGCAAGUCACCGCGGAGCCGCCACCGGUGAUUGCUGCUCUGUUUACAGGGGAGGAUACAGUAUUCAGUGCGCAGGAGAUGGAUCGCCGACUGGAAAGGGCAGCACACUGGCUGGGAAUGGACCUAUGAGUUCUUCUUAUCACAGCGGACGCUUUGCCAGUUCCUCUCUUUCGCUGAGUCGAGCGUCUUUGGCGGCAAGCCGUGCCACUUCCCACGCGAGCCGAUGGUACAGGUCGUCCAGCCCGGGGCCUUCCGUCCCUUCAAAGCAACUAUUUUCCACGUCCUUGGCAGAGAUCGAGUCUCAGGAGUUGGUGGAAGCGCUGGUCGCAUACGAUACAGGACAAGUCCAGCAGUCGUACCGGGACUUCCGGCGAGUGAGGGGGGCGCUGGAACGCAGCAAGGGGCAGCCACUCGAAGACUGUGUCAAGCCCCUGGUUUUAAGCUGUAUCUACACUGCCUUGUUCCGCUCGGGGGAGUACAAAGAGGCGAGGCGCUUCGCUGCAGAAAUAUUGCGUGUGUCGAACGGUCCCUCAUCUCAGGUAAUAGGAGAUGCGGCAGCGGUAUGCGACAUUCGAGCGGCGCUCGAAGGCGGCAAAACAGCAGAAAAUGGCAAGUUCGGCGUCGAGGAAUCUGUGCUUCAAGGGCACUGGGAGGAUUGUGGAGCGUCGCAAUCUCUCGGUCGGCCCUCUCGCCUGGUGGAGCUUCACAUUCUUCAGACAGCGAUGGCCGUCUACAGGAGAGGAGCGGCGAUGGGCGGCAACGGCGAGAACUGGGAAGCAAGAGAGGGCGGUGAGGGGGAGAUAGCGGUGGGUCUUCCUUCGUCUUUUUUCGAGUUGAUGAAAGACUACAAUCGCUUCCUUUUGAAGUACGCUGCAUCGCAAACUGAGCGGAAACCGUCGGACCCCGGAGCAGAUCCCGAUGAGCUGAUGCUCACGGCGGAACGCUUCGCGAAGCGAGCGUCUUUGUUGCUUGAACAAAACAUAACUUUCCUCAGCGAUACGACUCCGUUUGCUGACCUCCCGUCUUCUCCGAGCGCGCCUCAAAUCAGUGUCGGGGAACUGGCUGAACGCAUCACGAGAAAAGAGCUCGCGGCUGAAUUUAUUAGGGGGAUUACACUUCUCCACACGGGCAUGGGGACGGCGUUGAUGCGAGAAGCGAACGUCUUCGCGUCAAACUACAGCGGUGCGGCGCAGAGGCUGCACGAAGUCGGCGAGAAGGUGCUAAAAGACGGGCUCGCACUUUGCAAGAAGUAUGCGUACAUCAAGGCCAAGCAUAUACUGCCGUGGCUGCUUUCCUCUCUCGCGACGUCUUUUUCGCAGCAGCUUGAACCGGUUCUCAGUGAGGGACUUUUUCGAUCCUCGUUGAACGAGUUUACUGCAUCGACCGGUCUAAGUGUCCAGACGUUCUCCGCCGCUAAGGGGGCAGCAGCCGGUGGCGGCGAGGGCGCGAGCAGCGGAACGCUGACGGCUUAUCCUCGGCAAGCCGAGCUUGACGAUAUUGUGGAGUUUGGCGUUACGUGUUUGCGAUACAGUGAUUUGCUGAAGAAGUGGGAUGGCCGGGAGUACGAAGCUGAAUUAAUGAGAAACGUUGCGAGGAAGGCUUUGGGUAUUAGAGGCCAUCCAACAUCAGGUUGUGCGCUCUGGGACAUCCCGGCGCGUUUGCAUGUAUUUUCUCUUCUUUGGAAACCGUCCGUGUGCCUGGCGCGACCACUUCUGGUGUAUGUCGCGGGGAGGGACGGUAAUGAGAAUUUCAUGGAUGGCAAGAAUCUGUAG